UGCUGUUUGGUUAAGUCCUUAAUUUUUUUAAAUUGGUUUAUUUACUAUUUAUUUAGAUUUUAGUUAGUGUUGUGUUAUAUUUAUGAAUGCUUAGACAAAUUAAACACGUUUUUAUUGUCGUUUUAUUAUUUUGUUGUACUUUUAGUUGUGACGAAAUAAAACACAAUUUUUUAAUUUUCGUAUUAAAUUAUCAUUCAUUUAACAAGAACAAGGUGCUUUCAUACAAAAAGGAUUAAGAGUUUCGUUCAUACUCUCCUAUGAUCUAGAUGAUUAUGAUUAAUUAAAUUUCUAUAGCCCUAGCAUUUUUUAACAUUUUUAUCAAGGAACAAAAUACAAUGGAUUUUGAAAAUGAUUUGGAGGAGCUGUCAAAACUUUUUGAGUCUGAUACGUUGGAAGAGCCGGCCAACGUGCAUGAACCAUGUGACCAGCCUGGCACGGUUCAUUCCAAAAAAGUCAAUAAAACUCCAGCAAAAUCUAUUAUUGAACAUCCUAAAUUCCACACAAAGAGUGAGAUUCACAAUGGCGAUACAGAUUCUUCAGACGAUGAGGACAACAAGUAUACUGAAAACCAAACCUAUACUGAAGCAGGCCGGACUAUUAAAAAUGUGCUGAAAAAGCAGUCAAAUUCUUCUACUAACUAUUUUGAAAGUCCAUCGUGGAAGACAAAGAAGACAACAUUGGCUUCUUUGAGUUCAAGCCCACCAGUGCUACCAAAGACUGCUGCUACUAAGGACAUUUAUAGUGAUCCUUUCUUUGGAAUUCGAAUCAUAAAUCCCUUGGUAUCGUCUCAGGUUCUACAGGAGAGAAUGGUCGGCAAAACUCCUGUCACAUUCAGUAAGCUAGUGAAACACAUCCAAACCGGUGAGAAAUCCAGCGACUGGGUGCUCGCCGGCGUUAUUGUGUCUAAAUUCAUCAAAACCUCUCAAAAGGGCAACCCUUAUGCUUGCUGGACGCUUAGCGAUUUAAGGGAGGGACUCACCACUGUGUCUGUCUUCCUCUUUGGUAAAGCGUACAAAGAGCUGUGGAAGACCAGUACACACAUCGUAGUUGGGAUUCUGAAUGCAACUCUGCUUGAUAAUAAAGAGAGCUCUCGCGACAUUGCUGCCUUGUCCGUGCUUAAUCCUGACCAAAUCAUGAUUUGGGGCCAGUCCAAGGAUCUGGGAGUCUGUAAGGCACGAAAGAAGAAUGGAGAGCCCUGCACAUCCUUUGUGAACAAGAACCAAUGUGAAUUCUGCGUGUACCAUGUGAAGCAAGAAUACCGGAAGUUCACUGGUCGUGCUGAACUCCAAGCGUCCUGGGGAGGAGGUCUGAACGAACUCAAAAACAAAGUUCUCGGCAAGAACGAGGUGUUUUACGGUGGAAAAAGUUUCACUGCUGUCAAGUCGAAGCCUAACCGGAAGCAAAUCGCGAAGGACAAGACUCGUCUGAGCCAACUAUUCAACAAAUGUGAGAGUCGCUUUGGGCCUGAGUCUCUGCCGAUGGCAAAACCUUCGAGCCAAGUCCAGUCAGCUCGUGUUCAGUUGAUGAAAGAUGCCGAACGACUGCAAAAGUUGACAGGCUCUCCUGCCACACGGAGUGCACUGACUUUGGAGUAAGUUGACAGUGUAUAGACA